AGAGCUGUCAAAGCCGCCCGCCAAUAUACACCAAAAAUAAAAAAAGACCUCAACGUAAGUACCCGCGUGGACUUCAAAUGCAAACGUCGACCAGCGGCGGACCGCAGCGCGCGCACGGGGCAGCCCGCUCGGCACGUAAGGCAGCAGCUUGGAUCCCCCGCUGCGUUCUCCUUCGCUGCGUUCUCCUUCUGUCCGCAACGACGCGCUGACGGCGCGAGUGUGCAGCGGCGCGCCGACCGCAGGCCAAAAUGUACGACCUCGCGAUGACCAUCUACUUCGGCAUGUACGGCGCCACGAUGACGACGAACAGUGAGCUGUUCUGGGGCCCGGACAGCAUCAUGAUGCUGCCCGCACGUCGCUGUGUGGAAUCAAAUUUCGGGCGCCCCAUGCCAUCGACGCGACGUUGUCCUUCUAGUCGCGUCGGCUCGAUGGCGUGGAGUUCACGAUUACCUCACUCACUGCUUAAUUUCCACACAGUACAUGAGCUCGGCCGCGGACGCGCAGAGCGCCUUCUUCCAGCGCAUGACGGGCCUCGGCUUCGCCAUCAUGUCGCUCGGCUACGCCAAGUGCGGGGUCUCGAAGGACGCCUGGAUCAAGCAGACGAUGCUCUUCCACGUGGGUACCUGUGUGGAACUCAACCAUUGAGAGUUACCGGGACGCCUGAAAUUUGAUUUCCACACAGGUCGUCUCGACUCCGAUCUUCUUCCUCCAAUGCGCGAGCGAUGACGGCACCUCCUUCACGCCGUGGGUGUGGUAUUUGCAGAUCGCCAUCAACAUCGUACUCGCUGGAUGGGGCUACACGGAAAUGACGAAGUCCAAGACGAAGUAGGCUCACCAGCACGCCGCCGCGGGACUCUCGGAGGAGAGUUUAACCCCGCGGCGCCCCCACCGUCUCCUGUGCGCGCGCACAACUUCGCCUCGACUAACUCCUCUUCAAAAAACAAAUUUGUUUCCACAUAACCCGCGAGGUCCUGAACUCGAGUCCUGAACUGGAACGUAAAUUUACACUAGACCGGUAC